AUGAAAAGCUUCUACAUUGUUGGUUUCUGUAUUUUUGCGAUCAUCGCAUAUGCUAAUGCUAUGAAUUUGGCUUACAAUGGACGACAAGUUAAUGAGCUUCAAAAGAUUUUUGGGGUUCAACCAUUUUCGGACUCUGAACGUCGUGCACGACUGAUUAGAUUCAUGCAACAGCCGUUAAACGAACAACAACAAAAGGCUCUCCUUAACGUUUGGAGCUCAUCACGCAGACAUCAAGGCGUAGUCCCUAUAUAA